AUGAUCGGCGCUUCCCUUCGUCCACACCUUCCCUCUGCCUUCCCUCUCCAGCCCCGUCGGCUUCUCCACCGCUCAAAGCCCCACUCUCCUCACAAUGUCCCGGCAGAACUCCAAAGCACAUCGAACAACCUUGUCCUGAGCGUCUUGAACGCCAUGCCGUCCAAACGCGAGGCCAUCCACUUCAUCGAUCGCUUCUUUGAUCCCCCGACCUCCAAGGACUCCAAAAAAACCAUCCCACAGUACCGUCGUCGUCCUUCCGGCCCGGGUGCUACUUCGGCCAUCCACGACCACAUCGGCCUCGUCCUGCUCGACUCCAAGCUUUCGGACACACAUCUGGCCACCUUUGCCACCACCUUGAACCACCUGCACCGCCUCGACCUCAAGCCCAUCGUCGUUGUCGACGACUGGUGGGCUGGCAACCACGAGGCUGCGGCCAGGCUGCGGCUGAAGAAAUCCAAACUGCAGGAGAAGCUUUCGGACACCUUCCGUGUCGUCGAUGCCAUCGAAGCUGGCGGCGGCCGUGCUCUAGCGGCUUACAACGGCGUCGCAAACCCAAGCUUCUCUGUUGAGUCUCGGCUCCAGCCAAUCGAAACGGCUUUCCGCCUCGGACAUAUACCCGUCAUUGCUGCCUUCUCGGGAUCAGCCGACGGAGGGGCCGACGAUGCCAACCAGGCUCAAGUCCCUCCCCACCAGAUCCUUAUUUCGCUGGCCAACGAUCUAUCCAACCGACCCACACUUGGCGCUCCUGUCAAGCUGAUCGUCGUAAACGAGCGCGGCGGCUUGCGCAACGAGCAUCACGGCACCCUCGGAUUCAUCAACAUCCAGGAAGAGUUUGAAGACCUGCAAUCCGAAUACAUUGCCAGGCUCAAGAAGCAGACCGCCCGCCCAGCCUUCACCAAGGAACGCUCCGACAAUCUGCGCCAUCUGGAUCUUCGCCAGCAGCUCGAGGAGCUGCGAAUCGUCCGCAAGGUUCUCGCCGCCCUUCCAUCUUCGGCCUCGGCCGUGAUCACGUCGGCUGCCUCCAGCGCCGUCCUGAUAUCCAAUCUUAUCACCGACAAGCCCGCUUCGUCUACGAGCACCAGUCCGCACUCGUUCUUCAUCCAGGGCUAUGCCCAUCCUGCCGCCUCCCUCGUCGUCCGCCAGAACCGACAUUCCCAUGGCAAGGUUACUCUCGAAGAAAUCUACCAUCCGACCGUUCUCCGAUCUGGUCUGAGCAUCAGCGAGCACUACGACCUCUCCACUGUCGACAUCCCCAAGCUUACCAAAUUGCUCGAGGCCUCCUUUGGACGAAAGCUGAUCGAGGACGAGUUCUGGGAGCGUAUGCGCAACCACCUUGAUUCCGUCAUCGUGGCCGGCGACUACGACGGUGCCUCAAUUGUGACCCGCGAGUACGACCCGUUGGCCGCCGACUCGCUUAGCCAAGAGCCUGACCAGCCCCGCAAGGACCCUAUUCACUACCUGGACAAGUUCGCAGUCGCCCCCACGAGCCAGGGUAUCGGUGUAGCCGAUAUUCUGUGGAAACGUUUGAAGCGCAACUACAAGAACCUGUCCUGGCGCAGUCGGGCCGCCAACCCGGUGAACAAGUGGUACUUUGAGAGAUCCGAGGGCAAUCUGCGCCUUCCCGGCGAUUACUGGAUUCUGUUCUGGUAUGGCACCGAAGGCGUUCAUCGCAUGGCAGCCUACACUCGCGCGGCCCUGGCCAUCACGGCCUCGUUCGCCCCCGUCAAGACACAGUCUUCCAAGUCAAAGGGUUAGACUCUACAGCCUGAUCGGAACGAAAUAGGACAGUGUGUCCUUGGGAGCGAACCACAUUCUGCCUCCCGCUUCUCUCUUUCUCGGCUCGUUGGCCGUCUCUGGGCCAUAUCGUCGACACCCGGCUCCGUCAGCUGCUAUCUUUCUUUUCUCCUGGGCGUUGACCCAACAUCUGAAAUACACUUCCUAUGAGAAACCGACGG